AUGAUGCCCACCCAGAGUGAAGAACAAACAAAGGCUCAAAUACCAAAGAGUCAAGCAAAAAUAGUGAAUGAGCUGAUAGAAAAUAAAGACACCAUCUGCGCAUGGUGUUUUGAUGUACUAAAAUAUGAAUUGAAAAAUGAAAAAUUCGAUAAAGUCCCUCCUCUGAUCCAGUCACUACAUAACGACGGGUUCAAGAUCCCCUUCUUCGUGAAAUGGAUGAAGCUGAAUGAUGUAAAGGACAUGGGUUCUUAUAAUUACGAUGCGUAUGAACUAAAUGGCUGUAUAGGAUGCUUAGGCGAAACAGAUAUAAUGGAGCUUCGAUAUUAUGCUUUAGAAAGUUCUCUCAACGAUACAAGAUUCUAUCCCAUCACGUUAAAAGAUUUUCCUUUCCUUAUUGUCACCAUAACGUAUUUAUUUAAUUUUGAAAAAUGUGCACAUGUGUACGACUGGGUCAUUGGAAAACAUGGCAUUAAAAUUAGCUUUGUCGCUAACAAGAGGAGGUACUCGUCGACUUUCUUGCCUGAAGUCGCUUCUCAGCAUAACUUCGACCACCAAACGACAGUCAAGAAAUUGAUUAGGAAAGCAAAUUACAGGGGUGAAAUCAACGACGAGCUUUUGGAGAACAUAGAAGUGGAGCGCUACGAGGGGGUCAGCUGCAGCCUCACACACGUGGACUAUGAGAGGGUGAAGCGGGACUAG